AAAAUGGGGGGAAAAAUUUUCUUUCAUAGUGGAGAGAUUGGUAACUCUGUUGCCUCACAGCAGGUCCUGGGUUCAAAUCCCAACCUGGGGUCUUUCUGCGUGGAGUUUGUUUUCACUGAGUUCUCCUUGGGUACAUGGCUUUCUUUCACGGUCCAAAAACAUCAACGUUAGGUUAAUUGGUAUUGUCUUUCAGCAAAUCAUAGCUUUUCUUCUGGUAAUAAUGAAACGGAUUGUUCUUAUUAAGAAUACUUUUGAAAAAUGUUUUAGAAACUGCAAAAUUCACUACAAAAUUCAAAAAUAUGAUACAAUAGAAAUAGUCGUUGUCUUACAAAGAUGAAAUUCAGGUUAACAGCAGCUUCGAGAUUAUGUACAUUCACAUAAAAGUUCCGAAAGUGUUGAAAUUUUGCUUAGCAAAAUAAGUAGAACACAGCUACAAGUUUUCAUCUUGUUGGGAUAAAUGCGCGCUGUCUCUUUAAGAGACCCGGAAACAAUCCUUUCCAGUGUUUGUUGCUGGGGAGUUGACGGACAGCUGUGCGUGGACGAUGAUAUCUAACCCGCUGACUCGGGCUGUCCGGAGCAGAGUGCGGUUCUGGAGACCCCGGGCGGUGCUUAAAGCUCUUCCAGAGGCCUCAGGCGGCGGCAGCCGGCGCUGGUACUCCGCUCCGAGUCGAAGGGGGGUCUCGGUUAUGGAGGAGAUCCUGGCGAGGGUCGUUGCACCUUUACCUUCAUAUGAAACCAGAGAUAAAUCUCCACCUCCGCCCGAAUCCACCAGCUUGGAGUUCAUGAACUACUACAGAGGUCUGGAAAAGGAAGACAAAGUCGACUUUCUGUCUAAGCUGUCCCAGGAGUGCGGAGUGGACCAUAAAACAGUGUCAGAGCUCGCUACGAAGCUGCUGGACACUCAGCGACGGGAUCAGGCGACCAUAUUGCAGGCGGAGGACAGGCUCCGGUACAGCCUGACGCCCCGCUACAAGCAGCUGUUCAGCCAUGUGAGCCGGGUCGAAGGCGGGGUGAAGUUCCUGGUGGACCUCCGAGCGGAUUUGCUGGAAAUACUCGCGUCCAAAGCAAGCGAAAACCCACACAUCAGGGAUCUGAACGGUACGCUGAAGAGCCUGCUGUCCAAGUGGUUUGCUGUUGGUCUGCUCCGACUGGAGAGAAUCACCUGGCAGUCGCCCUGUGAGAUCCUGCAGAAGAUCAGCCAGUACGAAGCGGUUCACCCAGUCAGGAACUGGACCGACCUGAAGCGCAGAGUGGGACCGUACCGGCGCUGCUACGCCUUCACACACGCCGCCAUGCCGGGGGAACCGCUGGUGGUGCUGCAUGUGGCGCUGACCGAGGACAUUUCUGACAACAUCCAGAGUAUUGUUCGGGAAUUUGCAACUCUGGAUGCAGAGGAGGACAUAAACAAGAUCAAUUCAGCCAUUUUCUACUCCAUCUCCUCCACCCAGGCUGGCCUGCAGGGCGUGGAGUUGGGAAACUACCUCAUCAAGCGCGUGGUCCGGGAGCUGCAGAGCGAGUUCCCCCACAUGGCCCAGUUCUCCAGCCUGUCGCCCAUCCCAGGGUUCUGCUCCUGGCUUCAGGGCCUGCUGGGCCAGUACAGGAAGGAGGGCCGGGGGGCCGACCUCUUAUCGGAGCAGGAGUGGAGCGAGGUGGAGCAGGCCCUGGACUCCGACGCGGGAACCCCGCCGGUGGACUCUCUGCGGAAGCUCAUCGCCACCGGAGAGUGGACGCGCUCCGAGAAGCUGUGCCUGGCCCUGGAGCCCGUCCUGAUGCGCCUCUGCGCCUGGUACCUCUAUGGAGAGAAGCGCCGAGGCUUCGCGCUCAACCCAGUGGCCAACUUCCACCUGCAGAACGGCGCCACCAUGUGGCGGAUCAACUGGCGUGCCGACACCAGCCCCAGGGGCGUGGCCAACUCCUGCGGCAUCAUGGUGAACUACCGCUACUUCCUGAACCAGACGACCACCAACAGCGCCCUGUACCUGCAGAACAAGGCGGUGGCGGCUUCGGAGCAGGUUCUGGGCCUCGUGUCGCAGUUUCAGAAGAACAGCAAGCUGUGACUGCGUCGCCUGCAGCAGAGCAUCAGGACGUUGCAGACGGAGGAGAGAGAGGAGCAAACUUCCACCAAAAACCUGAGAAAGGUCAAACAUUUUCUGUUAAAAAUGUCAGAAAUUUUCAGAUUAAUCUGAGAAAAAGACAUGGAAAUUUGAGGAAAAGACUUUUGAGAAGAAAACUUGGAAAUUGGAGUUUCACAACUUAAAGUUGAUUUUUGAAACUCAAAAGAAGUUUGAAAAGUAAAAAAAUUCUUAAAGAAAAAUCAGAAAUCUUGAGAUCUUAGAAAUUUCAGAGAAAAAGAUUUACAAAACUUUAAAAAUGUAAACUUUUGAAACUCUAAAAUUUUAACAUUUUUUCUAGAAAAUUUCUAAGUUUUGUGUCAAAUUUAAAUUUUUUUCAAACUCAUAAGAUUCUUUGGCAGAAAUGUGCUCCUCUUUUUUCCUGCGUUACGCCGUUGUGGUUAAACAUUAACAGUUUUGUUUUCAUUUGACUGACGUGUUGUUUUGUCAGUGUUUGAUGUCCCCCCCGGACCCCCCGGGCCCCCCGGGCCCCCCAGAUGGACUCCUGAUGUCAGGAACAGAAACUGGGCCGGUUCCUCCAUGAUGUAACUCGGCCCAUCUGCUGCGCGCCUCAUUAGAUUUCUAGCCAAAGCUGUUUGAUUUUGUGUAAGUGAUUCUCAGAACAGACUGCAGCUAAUGAAGCAGAAGGCAUCCAUCACUGCCAAAGCAUGUUGGUAGGUAAUAGCUUGUAAUGGGGGGGUUCUGGAAUAAAUGAUGUUUAUUCUUUCAUCAGGAUGAGCUGCUGCACCGUAAACAGAACCAAACAAAGAUAAAUAGAUCUUUUUCUUUCUUCAGCUUCACCUGCAGUUGCUCUUCUUCUCGCCUUUAAAGCUCAUUAAAGAAGCACUGGAAACAUUUUUAUAAACUAAAAAAAUAAACAUUUUUCUGUUUGUUAAACCAUGGUGCUGACCUAAUGUAUUGAAUUAGUUUUUCUGUAAUGAUUUUCGCUCCACACUGGAGACGUGAUCAUUCUCCAGAGAUCGUCAUCGAUGUCCUGAAGCCUCGGUGCCAAGCGGGUCUCCUGUCGGCCGCCGCCCCGUUGGAAUAAUACAUCACAGCAAGUUGACUGUGAAAUUACAUUUUAUCUCACAGGAGUCAAACUUUCUUUUUAUUUUUUCAAACAUCUCCUUUCUUGGCUCUGCGCUGCUGCGUGUCCCAGGAGCUAAUGGAGUGAGAAAUAAAGUUAAACUAAAUGGUCA